AUGACGUAUGACUGCGAUCCUGGGACGAGUCUUGAUGCGUUGUAUCACCACAUCUACACUCCUCCCACCAAAAUCAUGGUCAUAGGGGGAUCCUGCUCGCCAGUGUCAGAGGCAACCGCACAGGUGUCUCACAGGUGGAAUCUAGUUCAGAUUUCCCCCGUGUCGGUGUCGCCCGCCCUGUCAAACAGGUUCCGAUUCAAGCGCUUCUUUCGCCUCAACUCGCCUGAUAACGACGUCAAUCCGGCGAGGAUUGAGAUCUUCAAGCAGUUCGGCUGGACGAAAAUCGCAACGCUUCACCAAGCCUUAGAGCUCUUCUCAGAGCCGACCUACAACUUAUUUAGCAUAAUGAAGAACGCUUCAAUGACAGUCUUUAGGUCAGAAAUCAUAACAAAUGGAUUGUCUCAUCAGGUUCAGCAGCUGAAGGAUAAUGAAGCGAGAAUCAUAGUUGGAAGCUUUUUUGAAGAUAUUGCACAGAAAGUAUUUUGUGAGGCUUACAAAAUAGGAUUUUAUGGACCUAAAAUCGUGUGGAUUUUGAUCGGAUGGUACUCUGUAGACUGGUGGCGGAAUGUUCCCUCGACACUGGGCUGUACCCCCGAGCAGCUUCUGGUCGCCUUUGACGGAUACUUCAGUGUGGGUCGGGUCUGGUUCAAUCCUAAGAACGACCUGGCCAUAUCCGGGUACACUCCGACAGAUAUCCAGUCAAUGUACUACAAUAUAACUGGGAAGAAGCACGAGCCGGUGUAUGGACUGCGCCAAGGGCUGAUCGGGUAUGACUCGGUGUGGACGGCAACACUGGCCAUAAACAAAACCAUUGGAGAUCUCGAAGAAAGAGGUGGCAGUCAAACUAUUGACGAUUUUACCUACUGGGAUGACUCUAUAGGACAAAUGCUGUUUGACAACAUGAAGAAAACAGACUUUUAUGCAACAAAGGGAAGAAUCACAUUCAAUGAAAAGGGCGAUCCAAUCACAAUCUUCCAAAUUGAGAGAUUUCAAAAUGGAAAGAAAGAGGUUGUGGGUCUGUAUGAUCCAAAUCUGCAAACGGAUAUUAAAAUACAAUGGCUUACAAAUACCACACCAAUUUUAUGGAAAGGUGGGAGAAUUCCCAAAGACUCGGUGACAGUGAUUCCUCGAACGGAGACCUUGUCGCCUGCCAUCUACAUAUCCAUGUCGUGUUUAGCCGGUCUAGGGGCUAUAGUCACGUGUGGAUUUUUGGCUUUCAACAUUGUUUUCAGAAAAAUCAAAAUAGUGAAGAGAUCUUCUCCUAAUCUGAACAACUUGACUCUAGCUGGUUGUCUUCUUUUGUUCUGUACUGUCUUCUUGGAGACUGCAGAGGACCAGUCUGUUGUGACUGUGUGUAAGUCGAAAAUUGUUCUCUUGACAGUGGGUUUUAGCUUGGCCUUUGGAGCCCUGUUUGCAAAAACAUGGCGUGUAUAUUUAAUAUUCACACACGGAACAAAACAGAGAAAGGUUGUCAAGGAUUUCAAGCUGAUAUCUACAGUGUUUUCUCUCGUGGCUGUUAACGUUGUCGUCAUUGGAAUCUGGUUUGUGGUGGAUCCUCAAUCACUGGUCCUUGUUCACCUUCCGUCACAGGUAAAUCACGAAGAAGAUAUCGAAAUAAAGAGGAAGAUUGAGAAGUGCGAGUCUCCAAAUCAGAUAUACUUCGUCACAUCUCUACUUGCCUUGCAAGGGAUUCUCUUACUGUUUGGGACAUUUCUCGCCAUACAAACCAGAAAGGUGAAUGUGGAAGGUCUGAACGACUCGAGAAUGAUUGGCUUGUGCAUCUACAACGUCGUGGUUCUCAGCUUCCUCGGAGUCACCAUAGAGUUCGCGCUCAAACACGACGUCAACCUCCACUACGGCAUGACGACGGUGAUCACCAUACUCGCCACUACCAUCACACAGUGCCUCAUCUUCGUGCCUAAGGUACGACGUCACAAUCGCGCAUCAAAUUACUUUUAGGGGCGGA